ACUAGAACAUGGGAACAAGUAAAAGUGAAAUAUAAGAAUAUACUACAGAAUGCAACCAAGAAAAGGGCAGAGCAACAAAAGACAGGUGGUGGUCCUGCACCCCCUCGUCACACCCCGGCAGAGGAGCUGGCCCUAGGGUUGAAUGCCACCAGACCCAGUGUUGAGGGCACCUCUGGGAGCAGCUCUUCCUUAGACCAGCAGCCGGGGUGCAGUAGCAGCAGCACCUUCUUAACUGUUGUAGAUGACACCCCGUCACUUUUACCUGUUCCCAUGCAAGGGGUGACUGAAGCAUGCACAGACAGUGAACCAACCCUGUCAGAUGACUGUGGUUUGGAGGAAGUCCCUGGUGACAUCUGUGCGCUCUGUAAGAGAAGUCUCCAGAAGAAAACAGAGUACACUGAGCUGAAGAAACAGAAGCUGCUCGGUGACAUCAAACUUCAAACUCUAAAGAGGAAAAAACUUCAACUGGAAAUCAAGUUGCUACAGAAGGAACUACAGAUAAAGAAGCAAACACACAGAACCAGGAUGGAUCCAGCUCGGUUGUUUCCAGUGUCCCUGCAACAUCCCAACCCCCACCAACACCUUCAGCAGCAAUACUGGCAGCACCUUCAGCAUCCAGGAAAGGAGCAGCCAGUGGUCAGGUCCAAGCCCGGGCACCUCCCACCAAUUCUGUAUCCGCAGAUCGUGCUGCUCCAUCAGACUCACUGUGCAGACCAGGUCUACAUAAGUUCGCCCGAAGAGGUGACAACAGCAUCACAGUGGACAGAGGUGCAUGCAGGGUCAGGAGGUCAGGGGUCAAUGAGCUGUGCAAAAGAGGACCAGAAGAGCAAGCCACACAAAGGCAACCCAGGCCAUGAAGCCGACCCAGGCAAUGAAGCCGACCUAGGCAGUGACGCCGACCAAGGCAAUGAAGCCAACACAGGCAAUGAAAGCAAGACUCCCAAAGAAAACAUCCCAGCCAGUCUUACAGAGGACUGUGAUUCUCCCGGACCUACAGCCUCUUUAGAUGAGGAAGCAGUGAACAAACAUUCUGUUGAGGAAUGUUUUAGUCUCCUAGAGUCCUUCUUUGACCAGCUGUUUCUGGCUCAGACUAAAGACACCAGAGAGGAGGAGCAUGGAGAGGUUGGGUACCCGAAAUUGAAAAUCCGUUCCUUUCUGGAGUAUCUGGAUGAGCUGUGCAGAGACGAGGAGUUUGUCAGUAAGGUGGAGUCCACGGCGAAAAUGGAAGCCCUCAUGUCUCUCCUCUCUGCCAUCCAGGACCUUUUUGAAGAACAAGAGCAAGAUCUUGCUCUUGUUAUGAUCAUAGCAAGAGCAAGAUCUUGCUAUAGCAAGAUGCUACCUCAGAUGAUCCUGCAGGAGGAGCUGCCUCCAUGUCCUCCAAACAGCGAUCAUUUCUACGGAGAAACACCUCUGGUAUCUUCACAGUCACUCUUUUUGGAUGCUCCAGGCUCCCUCUUUGCAAGUAGCCCCAAUAGAAACGGACAAAAUUCAUCCCAGAAUGAAGUUGGGAUCAGCUGGUCCCCCCUCCUGCUGUCAAACCUUUUAGAAGAACCGCCUUCACCCAACCACAACCCUCUGGAUGCCUCCGAUGCUUUUUCUCAAGAUGACUUUUUCGCAUCGAUCCUGGACAGGAAGGCUCAGACCACAGCUCCACUCUGAGUCAGCCAGCCACUCUGGCUCCGCCACUUUAAAAGUUAAAUGCAACUUCUCACACUUUGAAAAGACCCAAGAACUCAACAACCCCAGAGGAGGAGAAACGAAGAGUAACAAGAAGCAGCCAGGUGUGGCACCCCUGUGAGGGAAUGACCACAUUAAUAUUAUUUUGUGUAAAACACUCAUGUAACGGGACAUUUUUCAUUACUAUAUGUAUUUAUUUUCAGUUUCUUUAAAAGGAUAGAAAAUCCAUGUAGCAGGAAUUCAUUUUAUAUUAGGAAGCAGUGAGGGCGGAACUUUGGUGGUUGCUCCGGGGUUUCGGGGUGCAGUAAGUGGAGCCCACCUUCCGCUGCUUCCUCAGACACGUUGGUCGUGUCCAAAUUCAUGGGCUGCAUCCUCCUGAGGACCCGGCCUUCGCGGUCUACGUGGGCCGGGUCCUCAGAAGGUCGGGUAGGCCGGAAGUAAACGGCUGUGAAA